AUGGCCAACAUUGGAAUUAUAAUUCGAUUAUCCGUUUGCGCCAUAUCGGUGUGUUGGAUCAGAAGUAUCUCCGCAUUACGUUGUGAUUUCAGGGAUCCGCAUGGAUUACCCAGCGGACAAGCCCUCAUUCUGUGCAAUAUGGAUAUAGGCUUAUCGAGCUCCGGGACUGUGAUAUGCCCUCGCCGAGUCAACGACACCGAAUAUGUAUGGCAUCCUCAAGCAGACCCCGACGAACACACUCCGGUUAACACCUACAUCAGCUACAAUGGUGUGAUUCGCUCCGUUGCUCUUUCGGAUGUGAUUCUCAGUGAAUCCGAAGAUCGGUUCAUCUGGUUCGAAUCCAAUGCGUCAAAAACAAAAAUGCAUUUAGAGUUUUCAAUGGAUAGAAUAUAUGCCAUUACGGAACACCGCUUCAUAUUCAUCUGCGGACCGCGUGAAUUGUUUUUGUCCGAAAUAUUGCAGAGUCACCUGGACCGUCUUAGGAGUGGCGUUCAAAUGCAAUCUUUUUCCUGGAAUUCAUCCACAAGGUUGGCUAGAGAAAUCGUGAAAAUAGGGAGUGGUUUGGGCAUAUUAUUCUUAUAUAGAGGACGAUAUCAUUUACCUCUUCAAGGCUGUGGGAGUCGCCCUUCACCGCUAUUUGCUUCGGAUAACGAGGUGACUGUGGAUCCGAUCACAGGCAUUCGUUCAUGUGUGGCUGAUCCUAUGUCAAAAACAAGAAUUGGUUUUGUUUGUGAAGGCGUAAUAGAACCAGUUGAUUGCAUGAAAUCACUCUUGAAUACGAAUGGCGAUGUUGUAAGUGUUCCUGCACCAUAUCCGUAUUGGAAUAUCCAUAACCAUGCACCGUGGGUGAUAGCGAAAUACUUUAAUGACGUCGCAUUACCACGUUUCAACGGCGAAUGUCGAUGCAUAGAUCCUGAGACUGGUCACGUCAAGGCAAGGAUGGAGAUCCGUUGGAAAACUGAAUACGUAUGUGACAUAGCUAGCUUGAUAUUCCGAAACCGGGUGCGCCGUAUCCAUGAUAAUUGGUGUUCGGUUGUCCUCCAUCCUGGCAGUACAUUGACCAUAAAGUUCCCAAUAGAACACGUCGAUGCAACGAAUAUAGAUCAGGAUCUCCCCAGUGUUAUAGGACGGGGGAAUCCCCCCAGCUAUUUAUUCGCAACUAAGUUUCGUCCGAAGACGUUGACGGUGUUUCGGCAGCUAACGCGAAUUUAUGGUAAUACUUAUGGCGAAGUCAUGUACCGUAAUACCAUUGCUGGCGAUGCGCUCGAAUUGGAUGUUUCCCGUAUGUCCCAAGGAGUGGUGAAGCUGAAGUAUCAGGAGAACACGCCGCUGGCGUUAAUCGGGGGAUUGAAUUCGUUCUUUUAUCAUUGGACAUUGAAGGCAAUAAAGGGUUAUGAGUUUGAUAAGAUUCGGGCCGUCGUCGACGUCUCCUUUGCGUUUACGCAUCAGUAUUACAUUGUAGGUUGCGACCGAGGGGCAUCAAGCGUCUUUUAUCCGGAAAUGAACACACAAUAUUGCUCGAAUGUGACCAUGGGCAACGGCAUAGGAGAAGUAUACGAAUGCUCAGUCUAUAUUUCAAUGGACGAUUGGCAGGCUGGCAUACGCUGCCAGCCAGAUGAAGACCUUAUGCCGGAUAAUUGUAAAUCUGCGGUAUACGAUCUGUACUACAAUCAAAUAACCCCGUUUCCGGAAUCAGUGCGAAGUGCUACACAUCAAACUAUUCCAGGCUUCCAGGUUUUCGACUUCGAAUUCAUAGAAAGUAUUCCUCUCAGCUAUGCUUGUAUAUGCGUCGACGAAAAUGGGUAUGAGAAGUCUAAACUCGUUCUGGAGUCUUACGGUGAAAAAACGCGAUUUUACAGAGUACGUCAUGAAGAGAUGUCUCAUGCACCAAUUCCUUACAUAUUGCUUCCGGGGAGUGAGAUUGGAGUAUUAGAUGAAUGGCCGGCAUUACCCAUAUCGAUUGUUUUACAAUACAUAUAUCCAACUUACGCCACAUUGUACGUGGGGACAACGUUGUCAAUGACUUGUGCCCUUGAUCCCGAAGUUCGAAACCGUACAGGUAAUGGGCUAAUACGAACGUCAUGGCUUCCAAAUCGGCCCCAAGAAUUCCAUUAUGUUGUUAUUCAUAGAUCGCAUGGGCGUGAGCUUAUUAGGAAAUCGCACAACGACGUCAUUAUUGGUGCGACGCAUGGUUUUCGAGUUGUGAACAAUACAUACCUAGUAGUAUACAAACAUUUAAUAAUAGAGUCUCGUAGAGGAGCUAUCUUGAUAUCGAAGGAUCCAGCUCACCGUCACUAUGUGCCCAUGACAUUUGUCUGCGGCAAGGUACCCGAUGAGUCGGAUGGGGUCAUCAUGACUGGCAACACCUUAACAUCAGACGGACCUGAAACCUCGGCAACGCAUAUUAUAGGAUUAACUGGGCGAUACACUUGGGACGUAGUUCAAGUUGCCGUCGAGACAACUGACCCCUACAUGCAAGGCUGCGGCGUCACAUACGCAUCAGAUGAGUUGUUCAAACCGGAGACACCCAAGCUCUACGAUGCUGACGGACAACCUCAGUUUGGAUGCAAGAUCGACAUUAAAGCUGCUAAGGAAGCGGCUUUCUACUGCCCAGCACCGUACGUCCUGGACCCACCCAACUGCUUCGACCAAGUGUUAGUGGAGGGUGAAGCAAAGAGUUUGAGUGACAUCAGCCAGUCUUUGGUAGCAUCACAUUCCAACCACUUCAUCAUUCUAAAGUUCGACAGUGAUAAUAUAGGACCUGGGGAGGAGCUGCGCCAGACGCCGCCAUUGGAGUGCCGCUGCACCACCGUUAAGCGCAUAGUCCUAUCAACCAUCCAGAUCGAGAACUACUACUCCAAGUAA